AUGCAUCGAGGAGUUCUUCGUCUCAGCCGCCUGAUAUCGACAUCGGAGCUUCGCAACGCACUCGCUCUUCGAUCUCGACUUGCCAGGUCUGUCUGCCUUGCACAACAACACACAUUCGCCAUGGCGCCCACUGCAGACGAAGGACCACGCACGUUUCCGUUGAAGAAGCCGAAAGGCCACAAGCCUCCCGUGCCACGAUGGUGCUUGAAGUUCCCUGGCUCUGUUACUACUGUGUGCACGCUGUACAUUGGCGUACAAUCUCAUCGUGGCAAUGAAGUGGCACGAUUGAAUGCAGAGGCAACAAUCGAUAGCAUUCUAGAAGAAGCGGAUCUUAAACAUCCAGUGAUAGACACGUUCAGAGUCACGAAUGGCUUUGAUGUGAAAGGCAGCAAAUGUUGGGUGGCUUACUGGCUCGAUGCAAAGGGAUUUGAGGCUGCUCUACAAAGGCUCAACCUCCUGAGCAUAUGGAGCAGCAUGGGGGACGACAGACACGACAUCGGGCUGUGGAUCGAGCGCUUCGUGGCGCCCAUUGACAGACUCGAGACAAACUAUGCUAGACUAGACCACCAACCCGGUCUGGCGCAGUUGCCCAACACCGUCCAGCCGUCACACGAGUCCACAGCUUACUGGGGCGCCGGACGAGAUCGCAUUCCAGCGUCAGCGCAUGAUUUGUUUGAAACGCCGAAAGACCUACCAGUACCAUCGCCUGUGCCCGUCGGUCUCGGGGAGAGGCUGACUGGAGCCAAUUACGAGAACAUGUGCCACAUCAGAAGUGGGCAAUGGUGGGAAAAGUGUGCCGAUGAAGAGCGCAUCGCAUACGAGGGCGAUCUAGAAGUCAAGCUCAUGGAUGGAAUGAGGUUCCUGUGGGACCAUCCCGAAGAGACGGGGACGAUUGGUAUUCGCUUCCUCCAAAACCUCGACAAAGACGGUCAACCAAUAAGAGAGACUUGCGGCGCCGGGUUUCACAAGAACUGGAGAGACCUCGAGCGAUGGUCAUCACGGCAUCCUUCUCAUCUAGCCAUUUUCAAUGGAAUGAUGGCUCACGCGAAGCGGUUUGGGGAUGAUCGUAAACUGAUGACCUGGCAUGAGGUUUGGAUAUUCAAAGAAGGAGAAGCGAAGUUCGAUUACGUCAAUUGUGAUCCGAGAACAGGAGUCAUUCGAUUCGUGAAGCUGGACAGACAAUCUUUAGCGAGCUAG